AUGGAACGAAUCUACAAUGCAAAGAGAUGUCCUAUAGAGAACAGAUUACCAUACACUAAGUACCUUCUUGCUGGAGAGGUCAUGCAUUGGUGGUCCAACAUGAAGAUGAUGUUGGAAGAUAGCAGGGAACCCAUCACUUGGGAGUUGUUUAAAAAGAAGUUCUAUGCUGAGUACUUCCCAAAUAGUGUGAAGUACACAAAGGAGGUUGAGUUCUUGCAGCUGAUGCAAGGAGACAUGUCAGUAUCAGAGUAUGCUGAAAAGUUUAAACACCUGGGCAGAUUUCAAACCUUAAAGAUGGCUGAGGACUGGCAGUGUAGGAAGUUUGAGAAUGGGCUUAGAGGCGAUCUCAAACUCAUGGUGGCUCCACUCUCUAUCAAGGAAUUCCCUGCCUUGGUAGAGAAGGCAAGAGUAAUGGAUAAGCUUAAGGUUGAAGUUGAAGCUCAAUAG